AUGAUGGAAAUGAAUCAAAUAAUCGAGAUCAACACUGAGGAUUUUGAUUGCAUCGUACAACCUGGUGUAACACGAUUACAACUCAAUCAACAGAUACGCGACAGUGGACUCUUCUUCCCGGUCGAUCCUGGUGCAGAUGCAUCGGUUUGCGCAAUGGCAGCAACGUGUGCUAGUGGCACAAAUGCGAUACGUUAUGAACUGAUUUCAGAAUUUUUGGAUCACAAAGUGGUUGAAGCAUGUAACAAGUUCAGCCAUCUAACACUACCCGAACAACCGACACUGUGCUUAGAAUUCGAUGGCAGCACUGAAGAGGAGGUCAAAUACUCGGCUGGUUUUGUAGCGGAUAUUUGCGCGGAUAAUGGAGGAAGCGAUUUCCAGUGGUCGUAUCUGCCUGAAGAGAUGGAUAAGCUCUGGAAAGCGCGUCAUAACGUUUACUAUGCAAUUAUAGCGCAGAAGAAAGGCUCCAAGGGAUUUUCAACGGAUGUUUGUGUACCGAUCUCGAAAUUGGCUGAUGUUAUUGCGGAAACGCGAAAAGAUAUCGAUCAAGUUGGGGCAAUUGGCGGAAUAUUGGGCCAUGUUGGUGACGGAAACUUUCAUUGUAUGUUUGCGUGUGAUAAGUCGAAUGAGGAGGAAAUGAAACAGAUUUGGGGAUUGUCGGAUCGAUGUGUCAAGCGUGCACUGGCUGUUGGUGGAACGUGCACUGGCGAACAUGGUAUCGGAUUAGGGAAACGCCAAUAUAUGAUUGAUGAAUUCGGUGAAGUGGCUGUGAACACGAUGAAGGCACUCAAGAAAGCGAUUGAUCCCAAUUCAAUUAUGAAUCCCGGAAAAAUAUUCUGA